AUGGAUGAUGUGUCCCAACUGUCCCACACUGUUGACGACCUGAGACGCAACAUGGAUGAUGUGUCCCAACUGUCCCACACUGUUGACGACCUGAAACGCGACAUGGAUGAUGUGUCCCAACUGUCCAACACUGUUGACGACCUGAAACGCAACAUGGACAUCGAGAAAAACAGAUCAGCAGUCUUGGAGGCAUGUCUUCGGGAGCAAGUAUCUUGUCCCAAUGGUUACCAACUGUGGCGUGGAAUCUGCUACAAGGUCUUCAACACUCGUGAGCCCUUUAACGAAGCAGCUGCAACCUGUCGCAAAGAUGGCGGCACCCUCGCCAUGCCCCGAGAUGCUGAGACCAAUGCCUUCCUGAUCUCCUUAUACACGUCCAUAAGGGGAGACACUUUGUUCUUCAUCGGCCUGCAAGAUCAACAUGAAGAAGGAAGAUUUGAGUGGGCUGAUGGUUCUGCACUAGGGGCGUACAGCCCGUGGGGCCCGGGUGAACCGGAUGGUCAUGGCGAUUGUGUUGUGUCCGGCGCAAGCAGUGUCCGGAAAGACAAGUGGUACAACUUCUCAUGCGACUUGAUUUUCCGCUUCAUCUGCCAAGUUAAUCCAGGACAUAGAUGCACAGAGGUGGCAGGCUGA